CACCCUCCUCCUCACCGCCGACGAAAAUCCGCUCCCGAGCCCAGUCGCCUCGGUCUCCUCUCCCUCUCACCCCGCGCCCCGCCUCGGAGCCACCCGCCGCCGCCGCACCCCAAGUCCCCAACUGCCCCCUCCACGCCGCUCGCGUUCCCGCCCUGCGUGGCGUCGCACGCGCCGGAUCCGCCGUCUUCCCCAACUCCCGCGCCGCGCCUGCAGGUCGCCGCUGCUCUCCCUGCCGAUCGUCCUCCCCGCAGGAGGGCGGCGCUGUUCUCUCUCCCCGCCGAAGCACGCACCUCCUCCUCGGGCCGCACCCGCACCUGCUGGUCUACCUCUGGGCGGACUCGGGCUCAGGGAUCCGCGUCCACUCCGUCCACCCACCAGUGACCCGUACAACUGCACCCCCAGUGUUGAUCCUAAUAGAACAAUGGCCAAUGCCAUGAGUGAAGAGGAGAUGAUCCACGAGUUCGACAACAUGGUCCGCAGAGAGUCCGAAGCAGAUGAGCCUACAACCUUGUUUGAGGGCUGGAGUGAUAAUGAUAAAAUAAUAUUCAUGAAGCAGCUUCAAGUCGAUCUGUCAGAGCAAAGUGAAGCCACAGAUCUUGAUGAAAUGAAUGUCCCGCCUAGUGUAAUGUUUGAUAUCACAGACGACGAGAAGGCUCAGAACAAUUACAUAUCCUCAAUCGGGCAUUACAGGUCAUGGCAAUAUUCUGGUUCAGACAAACGGUAUCAGUUUGGGUCAAAGAGCAAACGUACAUUUGUUACAAGGCCGAGUGGUGUGUUUGUUUUCUAUUUUAGAUACAAACAUCUGGUGGUGGGGUUGAUUGUUGAUGGGCAGAGCGGUUGGGUUGAGGGUGCUAUUACAAAUAACUUAGAUGAUGGGCGAGAAUCUGUACUUCAAUUCGAGAGAGGACCUGUUGAUCUUGACUAUAUCAGAAGUUCUCGAACAUAUAAUCUGAAGUAUGAUGGCAACUACACGAAGGCAGGAAAAACAUAUGAAGCGAAGCUUGGCAUUUGGCAUGUCCGUAAAGCAAUAGUGGAGAUAGCCAGCUUUGUUCCUCAAGUUACAGGGUGUGAACCCGAACCAAUUUAUUGGCAAAUUCUGAUUCUUUUUUCAGUGGAAGCUGGUAGACUUAAUCAUGUCUUCUGUCACACUUCACCAUCUCUUUCUAUUGCUAUUGGACCAAAUGGAACAUUGAAACUCCCCAUAAGUGGAGAACAAUUUAUUUUAAAUUAUUUGAAGCUUUCUUUGGGUUCUCUGCAAAGAAUUGAAGGUAGAUCAUUCAUUCACGUGAAAGGAACAACACCUCGCAACCUUUACCAAGUUCUGUUGGAGAUCCUGAUAUUAAGAAGAGAAGUUAUAUUUCCUACCUUUUUUAUUCUCUCGGAUGCCCCACCUAUGGAAUUCAAGAAGAAUGAACCAAGGCGGGGUAAAGGAAGCAGACUACUCAUAGAGGAACAUAAAUGGGAAUCUGAAAAUGCAAAGGGUCACAGAUAUAUUGUUGGAAAACACGAUGGAACUAGUGUUUACCGCUGUGAAGAUUGGUUGCUACAUCCAUUUAAGGAGGCUGUAAGGACUAUCCAACAUGGUCCCGCAAAUGGAAUUCCAGAUGUCAGCGAAAGUAAAAUUACUCUGGUUACAGAAAUCCUGACCAGCGAUGCUUUGACUGUAAUGCCAAAGAUCUUACAGUCAGAAAUGCUUAAUGGUCUCCAGAAACUUGAUUUAACUGAAGGAGAGAUUGCAGCCCAACAGCUCAUUGGUUCAUCCACUUAUUUGAAGAGGUCUAUUCAAGAGAAAUGGUAUUGGGAGGGCCAGCAUCAGAAGCAGAGAGGUGACAGUGCAACUGGUGGCUGCUGUCUCUCCAUGCUAAAAUAUGGUAUAACUACAACGCGCACACAUGCAUUGGCACAAGAGGAACUGUGGCAUGAUGAACCUGGAAGGAGGUUGCACAUGGCCCUGGAAGCUGAUAAUUGCCAAGUGCCAAAAAUCAUGAAAAGACACAUUGCUAGAGUAACUGACAACAUGCUUGCUCAAAAUAAGAAGGCCAAGUUAAUGGCGUCUGAGCAUGAAGAAACAUGUCAUGCUAGUACACAAAGGAAAUUGUCUGAUAAAUUGUCAGGUUCACAUGCAAUUUUGGCAGAAGAUGAUGAGUCCAGAACCGUUCCCAUGACAAAUGUACAUCUCAUGGCGACCGAGGAAGCAGCACUGUCAACUCAUUUUAUGAGUGGGACUGGGACUGGGCUUAAGAUAAGCUUGUUGAGAGAUGCAGUUGCUAGCCACUCUAAAGGGGCUGCAUCUGUUACUUUUGAUGACAUAGAGUGUACUGAGAAGGCUGUAUCUUUGACUCGGAUAUCGACUUUCUCUAGAUUUGCCAAAGUAAGGUGCAACGCGGAAAAGCUGGCUCCAGGAUUUCUGGCAGCAUGCAAUCUGUACUGCCCUUGUCCGAUUCCUAGUCCACUGCCUGGCCUGCCGUCUAACUGAAGAAAUCUGAAGGCAGGGUUUGCCAAGGAAAACAUGACGACUGCCGCUCUAUACUAACCUGCCACCUGAGAACACAGCACACGAUACAGGAAUCGGGCAUACGCUGUUACCGCUGUCCGGAACAUCUGUCUGUCUUACCUUUUUACGGGUGAGGGUAUGAGAUGAUGAAGCUAUUUGCCGCUCUGCCAGAAUGAAAAGUAAUCGACUCGCCAAGCCUGACCGAAUUGCUAUAUACUACGGAGCAUAAAUUUGAUGGUGUACCAUGUGCUGAUGUGCACAUGGUUGCAGAUUCUUGUGUUGUUGUGCUUGCGUAUAUAUAUUUUGCACAUGGUUGGCCUUUCUUGCCGAGUUGCUUCCAUUCCAUCUAUGUGUGCCAAAUGUUUCCUUCUUUCGUUGUCUUGCAGUAUUGUUUACAGUCGCUGUGAAGUUGUGCAAUGAAUAUAUUACAAAGUCCCUUUUCCUAAA